AUGCUGGCAGUAAAUAAACCAAUGGCCGCUACGCAGGAAGAAAUCACACCAACCGUCCCUGUUACGACGAAGGCUUUGCAGGUGGCAUCGCUUUACGUCGGUGACCUCGAUCCCGUCGUUACUGAGCCACAUCUUGUGGAGCUAUUUAAGCCCUUCGGCACCAUUCUGAAUGUGCGCGUCUGUCGUGACAUCAUCACCCAACGUUCUUUGGGAUACGGAUAUGUCAACUUCAACAGUCACGACAGCGCCGCCAAGGCUAUGGAGGCUCUGAACUUCAAGCGGGUUGGCGACAAGUGUAUGCGCAUCAUGUGGCAACAGCGCGACCCGACCCUGCGCUACAGUGGGAAUGGCAAUAUUUUUGUCAAGAACCUCAAGAACGAAGUGGACAGUCGUGAGCUCAGCGUUAUUUUUAAGAAAUUUGGCGACAUUCUUUCCUGCAAGGUGAUGGAGGACGAGGAGGGCAAAAGCCGUGGCUACGGGUUUGUGCACUUCAAGAAUGAUAACGCUGCGAAAGAGGCCAUUGAAAACAUGAACGGUGAAAAGGAUCACGCCGACGAGGAGAAGAAAAUGGGACUUUAUGUUGCCAACUUUAUCCGUCGAAACGCUCGCCUUGCGACUCUUGUGGCAAACUUUACGAACGUUUACAUAAAGCAGGUGCUGCCGACCGUAGACAAGGAGGUCAUUGAGAAGUUCUUCUCCAAGUUUGGUGGCAUUACAAGCUCUGCAACAUGCAAGGAUAAAAAUGGUCGUGUGUUUGCCUUCUGUAACUUUGAAAAGCACGAGGAUGCGGUGAAAGCGAUUGAAGCAUCUCAUGAACAGUUUGUGGAUGGUGUCGUGCCACCAGGGGAAAAGCUUUACGUGCAACGUGCUCAACCACGAAGUGAACGACUAAUCGCAUUGAGGCAAAAGUAUAUGCAGUGCCAGACUCUUGGGAACAAUCUAUACGUUCGUAAUUUUGACCCGGAAUUCACCGAGGAGAAUCUGCAUGAACUGUUCAAGGAGUAUGGUGUCAUUCGGAGCUGUCGGGUGAUGACAGAUGCAAACGGUAACAGUCGUGGUUUCGGUUUCGUCAGCUUUGAAAAUGCCGAUCAGGCGAAUGCUGCACUGCGUGAAAUGAACGGCCGAAUGUUGAACGGUAAACCGCUUAUUGUUAACAUUGCCCAGAGGCGGGACCAACGGUUCAUGAUGCUACGUUUGCAAUUCCAGCAACGCCUACAGGCAAUGAUGCGAAGGAUGCAUUCCAUGCCGUUUGUUUCGCACGGCCACCUUCCUCAGCGUCGAAACGCGCGGGGCACACAGCGUGGUGGUGGUGGUGGUGGUGGUGUUGGUGGUGGCGGCGCCGGCCGAAUUCAGGCACCCCCACCGAUGCCACCGCCCGUGCAACAGGAUAUGUUUGCCACGCCAUCCAUGGCCUUUGCACCGCCGCGCACUCCACAGCCAUCGCCUGGUGUCGCACCCGAUACCCCGCCGCUACCGCCCAUCACUGCCGAAGAUCUACGGUCUAUGUCGGUUGACGAGCAGCGUGCCGCCCUAGGAGACCGCUUAUACAUCAAGGUCUUUGAAAUCGCUCCAGACCACGCACCUAAAAUCACCGGCAUGUUCCUUGAGAUGGAUCUCAAGGAGGCCUUUACACUGUUAACUAACCAGAGGCUUCUUCAGGAGAAGGUCAUUGAGGCACUCUGCGUCCUAAAGGCGCACGAAUCCACCGCGUAA